CCACACGAAGAGCAUUCCUGUCCUGUGGUCUUCGAGCUUCACUCAUAAACUUUACUCUCUACCAUGGCUCGUAGUGUCACAUUUGCUUUAUUAUUGGCGCUCACAGCUCUUGCUGUGGCCAAUGCUCAGAGGAGGCGAUUCAACUUCAGCUUUCAGCCCCCUCCUCCACGACACCGCUUCAGCGUGGACGCUUCGGGUGGAGGCCGCAACCACCGCAACUUCAACGUGGGCGGUUCUGUCCGCGGCGAGUAUGACGUGUAUCGAGGCAGGGACGGCACUCGGGUGGUGGCCUCUGGCGGAGUGUCACACGGUGCGACCCGCAUCGACGGCAAGACGUACAAAGGCAGGCCUCAAGGCGCAGUGGGCAUCGGCGUCGAGAUCCCGAUCGGAAAGGGUCGAUGAACACAGCGACGUACCACUACCGGAGCCAUGACCAUCCGCUUAGGCGAAGAAACCUAUGAAUAACGUGUUCAUUUACCGAGCGGCUUUGCUUUUCUGCGAAUGCAGCGUGAUGAAGUUAAAGAACGAGGUAUUUCUCUGUUACCAUAUCGAAUUCAGUAAAAUCUUCGGUACAGCCUGAAGGAGGUAGGAUUAGAAUUACCUUGCGUUCCUUCUGAUUGUGAACACAUGUAUUGUUUUUGCACGAUGUAGCAGUUCUACAUUGUUGUUUAUACUAUAUAUCCUUUCUCUUUGAGGGUUUAUGCAUGUAUAUAUAUAUGUAUAUAUAUAUAUAUAUAUAUAUACGGCCGCACGUGUACUUCUGUUCUUGGACCUUGGACUGUUCCCUUAAUUUUGAAUAUUCCUGGACCGCACCGCAACAAGCGUUAAACCAAUGGUUCAUAUCCGGAACAGAAAUGCUACAUGUACUAGCACUUGU